AUGUCUUACCUUCAAAUUUAAACUUAAGUUUCUUGAAUUAGUUUACAUUCUUUCAGAUUCGCCACCUUUCAAUCCACUCAUUUCAACAUGCUAUUCCUAAUAGAUAUAAUAUUCAAUGUGUUUACCACAUUUAUACCCCUAUUGCUAUCCAUGAAAGCACUAGAUACAACAAUAGAGUUUCAUUUAGCUUCAUAUCAGUUUUUACUAAAUUAUUGGUUGUAUUAUGCGCUAUUGCAAUACAUACAACAUCAGUUUGUGCAUAGAACUGCCAUCUCAUAUGUGGUUUCUUGCAUAAAGCUAUGGUUGUUCUAUGGUCACAAUAACAACCUAUGUUCCUUGAACCACUUCUUUGUUAGCAGAGGAUUCAGAAACUACUCCAAUUUCAAGUCUUAUGAAGACAGAAUGAUUAACCCAUUUUUUAAUAGAAUUAUACCCUCAUUCAAGUCGUUGUCAGUGGUCCUAAAUAAGUUAGGGUCAAAAUACCUUAAACCUAUAGAUUAUCAAUCCGAAGAGACUUCUAUUGAUUAUUACUUAGCAAGGUUCUUUGAAUUGUUAAAUAAUGUACUUGUUGCAUUGAAUGGACACAAAUAUGAACAAAAAGUGAAGCUGCCGACCCAUUCCCCACGGCAUAAACGUUCGUCAUCUAAAUUAUCAGAUGAGAUAAAAAUGAAGAAAGUUAGGUCCAGAAGUUCAUCAAUCACAUCCAACAAGUCCAACAGAUCCCGAGUACCCACUCCAGGAAUAGGUGAAAGAUUGUUACGCCAAUCCUCGCCAGUACCAUACCCUAUGGGUGAAUAUUUAGAUAUGGCAGCAAGUGUUGCUGAAGUGCCAUCAAAGAGAAAAUCAUCCUUAGGGAGAAGAACUAAAUCUAAUGGUGAUUAUGAAUUGGAUGCUUCUAUUCGCAAAUUUAGGCAGCAACAAUUUGAACAACAAGUUUACUAUAACGAGCAACAGCAACCAUAUGUUAAAGUGGAUGGUAUGAAAGUAGAUCCAAACUCUUUAAAGGUUGUUCAUGAGUAUUUAAACGGGGAUAAAUUGCCGGAGUUAGGGCAAUUCCAGUCGUAAAUGUAUUUAAAUAAGGUUAUUAGUAUAGAGUAAUAGAAAGCAAUGAUUUAUGAU